AUGGGGAGCUGCCCAGAUUACGACAACCUUCCUAUCAUCAACAUCAAUGGCAAAUUGAAACGUUGCGCAUGGGGAAUAUUCGACAAAGACGGCCAAAAGGAUGUCUAUGGAUGUCUUAACAAAGUCACUCCUGAAAUUGUAGCGAGGGCUGCAACAGAGGUGACGCAUGGUGUUACCAUCUCCCUGAACUGGCCCCUUCGAGUCGCACCAAAACCAGGAUUUGGGAGAAAGGGAUUGGUCCACAAGGUCAUCUCUUUUGUGAAUUCUCCUCUGCAAAUACAUGGCUAUGAUGAUGAAGUCGAAUUUAAUACGCAAUGCAGUAGUCAGUGGGAUGCUUUAUGUCAUUUCUAUGACCAGGACCUUCAACGAGGAUACAAUGGCUCUAACCCUAGCAUCCAUGAUCUUGUCCAGGACUAUGGCGAAGAGGAUCACGCCGCCAAGAUUCCAACUUUAAAUCACUGGCAUGCUCGAGGUGGUCUUGCCACCCGUGGGGUUUUGAUCGACUACAAAGCCUAUGCGGAGAGAAAGGGGAUCAGAUAUUCUCCAUUCUCUGCUCAUAAGAUCACCAUUUCCGAAAUCGAAGAAAUUGCCAGUGAUCAUGGUAUUGAAUUCAGACCGGGAGACGUUUUCCUUCUUCGAACAGGCUUUACAGAGGCAGUAGAGUCUACUGUCAAUGAAGCAGAGAAAAUACGACUGGCUAGUUCUCCGGAUAGUGCAGGUGUCGAGGACGCAAUCAUGGCUGUCCCCGCCGACAACCCUGGCUUCGAGGUGAUGAGGCCAACCAAAGGUGGAGUGGAUGGCAGUGGAAUUUUACAUCCGAACUUUCUCUCUCUCUUAGGCUUACAUAUUGGUGAACUUUGGGACUUGAAGCGUCUUUCAGCAUACUGUCAUAGUACUGGAAGGUUUACAUUUAUGCUCACAUCAGUCCCUUUGAACUACGCCGGGUCAUGUGGAUCUCCCCCUAAUGCUAUGGCACUCUUCUAA